AUGACCCUGAUUCGACUUCUAAAAAUCAUUCCUGGAACUCAGAAUGCCGUGGUUUCGAGCCAUAUGAGUGUCGUCAACCUUGAUGACAACCCAACAUACAAAUGUCUGUCAUAUACUUGGGGCGAGCCGGGUGGAGAUGAAACCGAUGAGAUUUGGUCGAAGCCUUCUCAGACUAUUCUCAUUGAUGGCUUUGAGAUGCAUAUCAGGCAAAACCUUUACAACGCCCUCAUUGCGUUCUGUCAAUCUGGAAUUCUAGGACCCAUAUGGAUAGAUGCUCUUUGCAUUAAUCAAAACGAUAUAGAGGAACGAAACGCUCAGGUUUCUCAGAUGGCAAACAUCUACAAAAAUUCCGAGGAAGUCAUUGUAUGGCUCGGCCAUGAGAGAGAAUACACUCGGAGAGCGGUGGCUUGCUUUCAAAGACUACCCAUCACCCGCCAGGAGCUCCUUUCAGAUGAGAAUGUCGUCUUAAGGGACAAAGCCUUCGCAUCGUGCAGCUUCAAAGACUCAGAACUGCUAGCCAUGACACGUUUCUUCACUGACCAUGCAUGGUUUGGCCGGACAUGGACACUUCAAGAGAUGUGGCUAGCUCGAGAGAUGACAUUUAUGUGCGGAACAAUCUAUGCUUCCGUGGAUGUUAUCCUCGCCGGAAGUAGUAUUGCACAUGAUAGUUACUCGUCGAGGAGUGUUACAGAAGACAUCCAGAGGACCCCAGCGAUUACGUGGCUGAUGAACUUCACCUACGACUUGAUAGCCAAACUGAGGAAGGAAAUUGAUGGGACUUCUCCUUCGCCACUUGGAUUCGAAGUCGACUAUCAUCGUGCGAGGCAUGCUACAGAUCCUAGAGACAAGGUUUAUGGUCUACUGGCAAUAUCCGAUACUACUACAGCGGAUAAUUAUAUGGAACCAGUAGUUGCCGAUUAUUCAAAACCAGUCCGGGAGGUAUUCUCGAUAGCCGCAGCACAUUGUCUGCUCAACACAAUAGGCUGGCGAGGCCUGAGCUAUAUCGGAGACCGCAGUAGAUAUCGCAUCCCAGAUCUACCAUCCUGGGUCCCAGACUACACACAAGCUAUUCCUUGGAGGCUUCUUCAACGAAGAAGUGAAGAUACUUUCAAAACAGCAACUCACCAACAAGUCUGCAUCGAGUACGAUAUCAACUCGCCAUACACUAUCUGUUCGCCAUAUUCUUACUUCGAUACGAUUACUGCCGCCACAACUGCAUACUGGGAAGAUAUAGAGGGCUAUUCUCAGAUGAUUGAAAUUCUGAAUCUCGCUUUGAAUCCAUUUCCUGUCAAGACGUCCGGAGGAGACAAUGUCUUGUCAGUCAUGGCCAGAACCUUAACGGCAGAUCAAGCAGGGAUAUACGACUAUGAUUCAUAUGAUUUUGUUGGUCAAUUUGGGGAAAUGACAUACAGUAUGCUGUGGCUGAGCAUUUCAAAGAACCCAGAGAUGGUAUAUCAACUGCUCAAAAACCCUGAGGCCAGUCUUUCCAAAGCUUUGUUUUCGACAGGAAUUCAGGACCGUGGAGACUUGCUGCCAAGUCUACUACACCCCUAUCGACAGAUAUACAAAACAGAGGAACAAAUGGAGUUAGAGUUUAAGCCCACAGAGUCUCAAGAUCAGAGCCUCAAGGCUCGAACCUCAUUGAUACAGCUUGACUGGGGUUCUGCAUCACACAAAAGAAGUCUCUUUCGAACGAAGAAAGGACAUCUUGGGCUUGCACCCCAGACUAUUCAGGUCGGUGACGAAGUGGGCAUAUUGCAAGGCGCUGAAGUUCCGCAUGUAUUUCGUCGAGAUUCAGGUUCGGAAACGUCGUUAAGUCUGGUUGGCGACGCCUAUGUUUAUGGGAUUAUGCAUGGGGAGUUAGAGUCCGAGGGCCUGGAGUUCAUCAGGGUUCGGCUAGUUUAG